CUCGACUUCAGAACAGACAUUUUCCUCUAGGCCUUUCCGCCUGCUUCAGCCCUAGCGCGCCAUAGGAGAGAACAUCCUCCGAAUAAGACCGGAGUUAGCUGGAAUGCUUUGACGUCAGUAGCAGGCCAACCCAGGCCAGCGCUCAGAGCCGAUCAGACGGAGGUGAAUGCACGAAUAGGCUAGCCUACUGCAGAGAGAGACGCACUCACAUCGAGCAUCCCUGUUGCCUCGUCAUUUGCGGAGACAUCGGGGCACGCAACCACUACGCACCUGGCACAGUCAAUACAACAGGGCGAGGGGAAAAUAUUGUGUAAUAGCGUUAUUAAGAUUUUAACACAUCAAGUAGGCUAGUAUUCUUGGUAUAGAAAGAAGUGCAUUGCUGUUUACAGUGGUGUGUCGCUCCACUAGCCUCAAGGAUAAACGCAUUUUCCUAACAAUGGUAAUGCAUCAGUAGAGAGAGCCUCCAGCCCAACCCUCCCUCUCUUCAUACCGAGACCCCUCAUCCAGACUGAGACUGUCUCCAGCACCAACACACCACUCCCCUCACCCCGCCCUUGCCCCGCCCCACCCAGACAUGGCUGCUUCUAAGGGUGGCUACGAGGGCAAGAUCGCCGGCCUCUACGACCUGGAUCGCACGCUGGGGAAAGGCCACUUCGCCGUGGUCAAGCUGGCCCGCCACGUCUUCACAGGCCAGCUGGUGGCGGUCAAGGUGAUUGACAAGACCAAGUUGGACACCAUGGCAACGGGCCACCUGCUGCAGGAGGUGCGCUGUAUGAAGCUGGUGCAGCACCCCAACGUGGUGCGGCUCUAUGAGGUCAUCGACACCGCCACCAAGCUCUACCUCAUCCUGGAGCUGGGCGAUGGAGGGGACAUGUAUGACUAUAUCCUGCGCCACGAGGGUGGCGUGGCCGAGGACACGGCUAAAGUUCACUUCGCCCAGAUUGUCCAGUCCAUCUCCUACUGCCACCGGCUCCAUGUGGUGCACCGAGACCUCAAGCCAGAGAAUGUGGUGUUCUUCAGGCAGCAGGGUACAGUCAAGCUGACCGACUUCGGCUUCAGCAACCUCUUCAAGCCCGGGACCAUGCUGAUGACCAGCUGUGGUUCGCUGGCUUACUCCGCCCCAGAGAUCCUGCUGGGGGAUGAGUAUGACGCUCCGGCUGUAGAUAUUUGGUCACUGGGGGUGAUCCUCUUCAUGCUGGUGUGUGGACAGCCGCCAUUCCAGGAGACCAAUGACAGUGAGACGCUCACCAUGAUUAUGGACUGUCGCUACACCGUCCCCGCCCAUGUCUCCGCAGACUGUAAAGAUUUGAUCUCCCGUAUGCUGCAGAGGGACCCGUCUAGUCGUGCCUCCCUGGAGGAGAUCGAGAAGCACCCCUGGCUGCAGGGGGUCAACCCCUCCCCCACAGGGCACAGUGCCGCCCCCCUCACCUCCCACCGCAGCCUGUCCCAGGAGGAACACGAGAUCAUCCUCCACGCCAUGACCAGCGGCAACAUCGCUGACCGCAAUGCCAUCCAACAGGCUCUAGAAGCGGAUCAAUACAACCACAUCACAGCCACGUAUUACCUGCUGGGGGAGCGCAUCCUGAGAGACAAGCAGGAGCAGCCCAGCGAGAUCCCGAAAGUCGACAGUUCGUGGGCCGAGCCAUCACAACUCCAGAGGCCGCGGUCUGAGCCUCUGGAUCUGGAGCAGAGGGGGCUCCAUGGCCUGCUGGCUGGCUGUCCCCGCCGAGGGGUGUCUGAUGCUGUGGACUUCCUGACCGACAGGCCCCUGCUGCUUCAGCCACAGCCAAGUCGCACAGAGAGCCCCUUCCCUGAGUACAGCACAGAGCCCUGCCUGGGGCUCACCCUGCGCCCUUCACCCCCUGACGAACCUCCACAGAUCAAGAGCCUGGGAGCCCUGCAGCUCAUCUGUGAAGAGGAAGAGGAGGAGGAGGAAGAUGAGGCGGAAGAGACAGGCGAACCACAUGUUGGACUUCAUAAUAUUCAAACACUGCCUCAUAUAAUAGGCUUGGCAUCAACAUCUGUGUCUACAGAACAGUCUAGUCCCAUGCUCACAGCUCCAGAGGCUCCACAGAGCCCAGUCAGAGUAGUCCCAGCUCAGGGAGAGGAAACAGGCCUGUUGGCCACCUCAGUGGAGGAGGCACUGGAGACAGAGAGGGGGGAGUGGGACAGGGAGCUGCAGGCCAGGGUUUCUAGCCACAGCAGAGAGAUGGAGCCUGACCAGCUGGCAGCCAUACAGGAAGAAGAACAGGGUACAAUGGAGUCAGGGGAGAAGCCCAUGGAGGAAGGAGACAUGUCAUGUGACCAACUGAGGCUAGGUAGUCAUUUGACUUCAGACCAGCCAAUCAAUGGUAGUUCGAUCAGCCCUAAAGCUCACCCUCCAUACCUGCCUCGCCUCGGGGGGGUGCAGUGUUGUUGUGGGCAACAGGAAACUCCCAGCCCAGACAUCAUAGAAGGGGAAGAUGCUAUUCUUAAAAACAACAACACCACAGAGUCCAAGCCUAAGCUCCUGGUGCAGAGUGGGGGGUCCACCCCAUGCGCCUCACCCCGCUCUCUGCCCCAUAACCACUGUGUGGACCUGGGCCCCGACGGGGUGGAGACGACCCGCAAGGUGAGAGGGCCUGGUGGGGAGUCUGAAGGGGACACUCCGGAGGAGCUUCAAUUAGAGAGAUCCCACAAUGCACCACAGGGUGGCCUUGGGCCCAGGGAGACGGGGACCGACCCUACGUUCAGACUGGAUCCUGGAAAGGGGAAGAACGUGAACCUGAGAGACCGCCUGCUGCAGUUCCCUCUCUGUGAGAAGGCCCUGUCUUUCAACAUCCAGCCCACCUCCAAGGAGAAAAUCCUGCCCUUCGCCCAGUACAACUGCUGCCAUGUACUGUAGGCAGGGCCACCUGUAGAUACCCUAUACCUCCCACAUUACUCACUCUGUGCCCUAGCGAAGGGGUAGGAAUGGGCAUCACUCCAGACACCCUCACACCAGGCCCAGACCCUGUCACUGUUCCAUCUACUUCAACUUAAACACAAAACACUGGUGCAGACAGUAUGUAGCCUAUCUGAACUAUCGGUCUGCGUCCAACCUAAACGGAAUGAUCAUACUGUGACCUCAGACACGUUCCAGCCAAUUGUAGUUAGACCUGUGUAGCCCCCACCCUGACCUCUUUAUACUUACCGUCUACUGCUGCUUUCUUUGUGAGACAAAAACUGGACCUCAUUGUGCUGCUAUGUACUGGACUAUAGAAAAUGCUUUUUGUGUGGUCUUCUUAGACUAUCACUAUAUACUGUAGCUUUGAAUUGAUUGCUAUUUUAUUUGCCCUUGUAUCAUAGCUUUUCAUUUUGUACUAGCUUAUCUAGAACUGAGCCCAUUUUAGCAGAUGGUAUGUUGUCACUCUGAGGCCUGCUAGUACAGUGCUAUAAUUGGAAUGUGUAAGAUGAUGCAUGCUGUAUAGGUGAAAGCUACACUCCAUGCCUCAGGCGCCAUCCUUCGUUAGCUCAGCUAGCAGCAUGAUGGAAGGUGUGAUGAUGCUCUAGACAGUGUAGCUGGAAGCAUGGUAUCAUUUAAUGCGGGGGGUUACUUACGUCAAUGACAUUGUUGGUGCACUAAUGUGGGUGCAUUGUUGAAUCUCAGUGGUACACAGUAGUGCAGAGGAGAUGAGUCGGGCAGCGUUGCUCAUGGUCACGUGAUGAAGUAGCCCCGCUUGCGAACUUCAAAACCAGUGUCUGACCUUGGACCAUGGGGGAAUUUCCUCUUGGUCUACUGGUCUGGUUGCUCCCUAGGGAGACCCGCAAUGAUAUCCUAUAUGUUACAUUGGUGCCCAAUGUGAGGCGAUCUCUCGUGGGGGAGGAGGUCAAAGGGGGGUGAAUAUAGUGGACUUGUCAGACUUGGUUGCUCAUGGUCACGUGAUCAGGGUCUGCGUUGGGACCCAUGGGAGACCAUGGUUCAUAUCACGUGUGUUACAGUAGCAAGGCUUGGGAUCUAAACUGAAUGUAAGAGCAACACCCAGGGAGAGAAACAUUUUUGGACAGAGUUUCAUAAUGUAGAAUUAAAAAUAUACACUGCUCAAAAAAUAAAGGGAACACUUAAAAAACACAAUGUAACUCCAAGUCAAUCACACUUCUGUGAAAUCAAACUGUCCACUUAGGAAGC